AUGGUUGGCUUUGAUUUCCCAUACGUGGUACCCAAUGACUUAAAUAAAUCAAUGAAAUUCGGUUAUAAAAAUGAGUAUCGACAAUUAUACUCGUAUUCGUCAUACUAUGCUGUACACUUUGAGAAAGGGGGGAAAGCAGCACAGUCAUUUCCCUAUCUCAACGAACUUUUCGAUGAGGGCAUAAUAAGCGAAUGUCGAUGCAGGGAAUUGUUUGCCCAUUUCAAAUCAAGCGAGACUAGCUUGGAGGAUAAGCCAGGAAGAGGUCGACCAUCGUAUUUCGAUGACCAGGUACUUUUGGCAGACAUAGAAAGGGAUGAAAGCUUGACAACUCGAAUGCUAUUCGACAACUUCAAUGUGGAUCAUUCAACUAUCGUUCGUAGUCUCAAAAAGCUUGGAAAGGUAUGGAAAUUGGCUGGAUGGGUCCCUCAUGAACUCAGCGAUAACAAUAAAGCCAAAUGUCUCCGAAUCUUUCCCGAUUUGCUUCAACAAAACGAGCGGAGUCCGUUUCUAAAGGAUCUUGUCACUAGGGAGGAAUCAUGGCUUCUCUUUAAAACCCUCAAAAGAAAAAAAGUCUGCGCUUCGCCAAAAGUUUCACAAAAAGGAAUAACGAAGGAUGUGAACUAUAAGAAGACAUUAUAA